AGGAAGAGAGAGGAAGAAGGAGGAAGAGAGAGGAAGAAGGAGGAAGAGAGAGGAAGAAAGAGAAAGAGAGAGGAAGAAAGAGGAAGAGAGAGGAAGAAGGAGGAAGAGAGAGGAAGAAAGAGGGAGAGAGAGGAAGAAGGAGGAAGAGAGAGAGAGAGAGAGAGAGAGAGGCGGUAACACUGCGAAAAGGCCUGAAUCCACUUAUGACAUAUGACAGAGGCUUCCACAGGACCAUAAAACACCAUGAAGAUCGACAGGAGCAUGAUACCUAUGAAGAUGCACUACAUAUUAAGAUACGCUGGCACUGGUCCCCUCAUGCCCUUCCUGACGGUGAUCGCUCGACAGAAGGGCAUGGCGAAUGAGGUAGUUAGUCUCAUCUGGACGGUGAUGCCCUUCGCUAGUAUAUUAGUCAAGACGUCAGCAGGAGCUCUGGCUGACUAUCUGAGAGCCCACCGUGCCUUUUUCGUGACGUCAGUGAUGGUCCUCGGAGGGUCGCUGACGGGGAUUUACUGGUGUCCUGACAUCACUCCUGACAUCGCGAAUGACAACGCUCCAAACAUGACCAGCGGUCUCAUACGUGACAGCACGACUGACAUCACUAAGAACAUCACCUUUGUCAACAUGACUGACAUCACUAAGAACAACACUUUUGACGUCAGUAAGAACGCCACCUUUGACGACACGACUGACAUCACUAAGAACAUCAUCUUUGACAACACGGCUGACAUCACUAAGAACAGCACUUUUGACAUCACCUCUGACAUCAGCAACGCCUCGAGGACACAUUCCACGACGGGAAAGGAAGACUUCAAGAACUGUGUUGGCGAAGGAGAUGUCGCGACGUCGCUGACUCUGGCCGAGGGUGACAUCUGCUCGAGGGUGACUAACAUCGAGGAUCUGUUGCCAAUGGGCCAGCUGGUGCACCGGUGGGAUUUCUGGGUGUUGGUACUGCUGCUCAUGACCCAGUUUUGUGCGUUCAUGGUGCAGCUGGAUUUGCAGGAGACCGUUUGCUUCCAGAUGCUGGGAGACAAACCUCACAAAUACGGACUUCAGCGACUCUGGGGUACAGUGAGCUAUGGUGCCACAGCUGUGAUUGGCGGGGCACUGGUCGACUGGUAUUCACAAGACUUGCCCCAGAAGGACUACCUGCCCGUGCACAUCAUGGUGGUCGUUUUCCUUACCUUAGACGUGGUCGUUGUGUCUCGCCUGCGGUUCACGGUUCCGGAUAAGAAGAUUUCGUCUGCGGAGGUGAACCAGGUCUUCAAGCGGCCCACGGUCAUCCUCACGCUGAUAACAACAGUGGUCCUCGGAAUGUGCAGCGGCAUGGUGUGGACCUUUCACUUUCUCCUGGUCGAGGACACAGCUGCUCUCUGGGACCCUGACUUCGAGUACUUAAAGCUCCUUCAAGGACUGCUUCUCGGGGUCCAGUGCUUGCUGUCGGAGGUGCCCUGUUUCUUCCUGACUGGCAAAAUCAUCUCCAAACUCGGCUACAGCAAAUCUCUCUUCGUGUCUCUCCUGGGCUACGCCGCCCGCUUCUGCCUCUACGCCUUCGUCACGAACCCCUGGUGGUACCUGCCCGUCGAGCUGUUCCACGGCGUGUCCUUCUCGCUCAGUCUCGGGUGCGCCACUAUGUUUGCUAACAGCGUGACUCCUCCCGGGGCGGAGGCGACGAUGCAGGCGAUAUUUGGGUCUUCGCUUCACUGUGCUAAUGGUUUGGGCGGAUUAGUGGGCGGUUGGCUCUUCCACGUCAUGAGCGGGUGGACAGCCUUCCUGGUCAUGGGCGUGGGCGUGGGCGGCUAUGCUUUCCUGUACCUGGCGGCAGACCUGUGCGUGACGAGGAUGUUUCCCGAGGGACGAGGCGGGACGGGCGGAGCCAGAGACAGUGUUCCUCGCGAGACGCCGAAGGAGGAGGUGCAUCUCCUUGAAGGCGGCGAGGCUAGCCAAGCCAAGGUCCUGCCGGCGACGAGCACUCGCGAAGGGCGGCAGGACUUGUAAUCUCAGGGAAAGGGGUAUCCUGUACGUGGGAGAGU